AUGAGCGCAAUCACUCUCACCAGCUCCGAUGGAGUUGACAUCUCGGUCGAGCGCACCACCGCCGAGCGCUCUGUCUUGAUCAAGAACAUGCUCGAGGAUCUUGGCGACUCUGGAGAGGCUAUCCCCAUUCCCAACGUCAACGAGGCCGUCCUCAAGAAGGUCAUUGAAUGGUGCGAGCACCACAAGAAUGAUCCCCCUAGCGCCAACGAUGAUGAUGACAACCGCCGCAAGACUACCGACAUCGAUGAAUGGGACCAGAAGUUCAUGCAGGUGGACCAGGAGAUGCUCUUCGAGAUUAUCCUCGCCGCCAACUACUUGGAUAUCAAGGCCCUCUUGGAUGUCGGCUGUAAGACAGUCGCGAACAUGAUCAAGGGCAAGUCCCCAGAGGAAAUCCGCAAGACUUUCAACAUCCAGAACGACUUCACCCCCGAGGAAGAGGACCAGAUCCGCCGCGAGAACGAGUGGGCUGAGGAUCGUUAA